AUGCAAUCAAUGAAUACGGAUCAACAAACAUAUUAUCCUAAUUCACCAGGAACACAUCCAGCAGCAGCUGCUUAUUAUUUACCAAAUGGAAUAGAACAUUUUUCCAUGACAAAUUCAAAUACAUUUCCACAAUCACAACAUAUGGCUCCACCAUUUUAUAAUCCAUCGGGUGUUUAUGGACAACAAGCUAUUUAUAUUCGUCCUUAUUUACAAGCUCCACCAUUUCAUCCAAAUAAUCCACGAGCACAAAAUCCAUCAUAUGUUCCUAUUAUUCGACCACCAAAUGAAACUUCUAAUGGAACACCAGGUUAUAUCCCAUCAACAGCAUAUCCAGGAUAUGGAAAUAGUAAUAUACAACCAGCACAACAUAUGUAUGCUCAAUCACAAUUUUAUCGUUAUGCUACACCACAAGCAUAUUCAACACAAAAUUUUCCACAACCAACAUCAUCAUCACAAAUAUCUAAUCAGUCACAAUCACAAUUGCAAUAUUCUACAGCUAAUAAUCAACAAGCAACGCAAUCAUCGCAAACUCAUCAAACACAAACAUCUCAAUCAUCAUCAAUUGAUCAAUCACAUGGAAUAUUGUCGCAACCUUCCCAAUCAAAAGAAAAACGUCAAAAAAAGCCGAUACCUAUUGUUGAUCCAGUUUCACAGAAAGCUUUAGAAAUUGAAGGAUUAAAUUCAACGAGUCAUACAUCUUCAACAACAACAACGACAACAAAUGAUGAUAAUCGUCAAAAAGAUUCAACAACUGAUUCAAAAGAACCAGAUGAAACAAAUAAAACACAAACACGACAAGUAUUUCUAACACAAUUUGCUCGUUUAUUAGAUCCGACUGUUCAAACAGAUAAGAAUGGAAAUCAAUCAUCAACUGAUGAUUCGACUGAUGAAAAAAUAACGAAAGAAAAACAAACAGAAGAUGUUUCACCACAAUCAGACUCAACAUCUCUAACAAAAUCUGCAAUACCAAAUGAAUUAGUUGAACAAUCUCAGCCAGGUAGUUCUAUUCGAAGUACAACUGAAGAUAAAUCAAAAAUUCAAGAUGAUAUAAAAGAUAAUAAUCAAGAUCAAAAUGAUUCUCAAAAACAACUUGAAACAGUUCAAUCAACGUCUGAUGAUACAGUUGAUAAUUCAACAAAUCAAACUAAUAAUGAAAAUGUAUCAACAGAAACUGUCUCAUCUAAUGAUUCUAAUACAACACUUCAAUUUCAAGCUAUGCCAUCAUUAUCUAAUACAGAAUCUGUAGAAUGUGUAACACCACCAGAAACACCAAUAUCAUCGAUUGAUUUGGAAUUUGAAUCAACAAAUAUUGGAAAAACUCCAUCAAUAUCAAGACGACAUAGUUAUACAAAACAAGAACUUCUUAAUAAACGAUUAGAUCCUGUUGCACAAAAACGACCAAUGGCUCUUAAAUCUAUUGAUGGUGUUACUGAUCCACCUAUUAUUCGUUCAAUAUCAAAUAAUAUUACUAGAGGUUCAAAUAUAUCUAUAGAUAAACCACCAUUAAGUAAUCGAAGUGAUAAUCCAUAUACGUUAGCUGAUCGAAAUAAAAUUGAUUUAAAUAUUAAAUUUUUACGUGAUAUUAAAUCAAUAUUAAAUAAAGUUACACCACAAACUUAUGAUAAAUUAUUAAAACAACUUGAUGAACUUGAACUUGAUCGUUAUGAACGUUUAGAUGGAAUGAUAACAAAUAUUUUUUCAAAAGCAGUUGACGAACCAAAAUUUUCAUUUUUAUAUGCAAGAUUAUGUCAAUUUUUUCAAAGAAAACAAGUUACUGUACCCGAUGAAAAUGGUCAAAGAAUAACACAUAGUUUUAGACAAUUAUUAUUAACACGUUGUCAAAAAGAAUUUGAAAAUGAUUAUAGACAAGAAAUUGGUUAUGAAAAACGUAAAAGUGAAGUUGAAACUAUUACAGAUGAAAAAAUUCAAAAAGAAGAAAGUGAAAAAUUAGAAGAAGAUUUAGCUAAAGCUAAACGAAAAAAAUUAGGCAAUAUUUUUUUCAUUGGUGAAUUAUUUAAAUUACAAAUGUUAACAGAUACAAUUAUGUAUGAUUGUAUUGAAUAUUUACUACGAGAUAAAACUGAUGAAGAAAGUAUCGAGUGUUUAUGUAAACUUUUAAAUACAAUUGGCAAAGAACUUGAUGCUAAAACAAGUGACAAAUCAACAAACCGAAAAAAUUUGGAAAAACAUUAUAAUGAUUUAGAAAGUAUUAUUACACAACGACAAACAUCAGCACGUAUACGAUUUAUGAUUCAAGAUGUUAUGGAUUUUAGAAAAGCUAAUUGGGUUGCUCGUCGAAUUGAAUCGAAACCAACAACAAUUGAUGAAAUUCAUGAACAAGAACGAAUCAAACGUGAACAACAAGAACGUGAUCAAGAACGUGAUAAAGCACAACGUCGUGAAUCGAAUCGUACUGGCGGUAAUAAUUAUGGAAAUAAUAAUUCACAACAAUAUACUGAAUCACGUGGUGCUCGUGGUAGUAGUAGUAAACAACAAUCAAAUCGAACAGAUGACGAACAAAGUGGAAAUCGUUUUAAUGUUAAUUCAGUACGACAAUUACAAUCAAAUGAUAAAAGAAAUCAAGGACCAUUACCAUUAAAUUUAGCUCCGCAAGGUGCAUGGUCUAGAGGAUCAGCGGUUGAAAAGAAACCUGAAAAUGAUCGUUCAAAUACUGGACGAAAUGGUAAACCUCCUACUGGUCCAGUUCAACAAUUAAGAUCUAAAACUGGUACAUCGAAUGGUACAUCUGCUUAUCCUUUACAAUCCCAAACUUCUCGCGAAUUAUUACGUGAAAAUUCAAUGGAAUCAUCACGAAAAGCAAGUAUUGGUAGUGGAGUAACUAGUCCAAAUAAUAUUUCAAUGACACAUUCACGUGAAGGUUCACGUAAUGUUAGUCGUGAACAAUCACGUGAAUCAAAUAUUAAUGAACGAGUAUCGAAUGUUAAUACAACAGUAUCAUCAAAUAAAACAUCCGCAUCAACAAUCAAUAAUACUAAUCUAUCAAAAACAUCAUUUGAUGAAGAAAAAACUAUGACACAUGUACAUUCAUUAAUUGAAGAAUAUACAGAAAAUUAUUCCGAUGAUGAUAAUCGACCUAUAAAUGAAGCUAUUGAAGAUUUAAGAGAUUUUUGUAUAUCAAAUAUUAAUCAACAAGCACUUAUUAUUCGAGAAUUAUUUACAAAUGUAUUAGAAGCUAAACCACGUGCACGUAAAGCUAUUGGACAUUUACUUGAUAUAGUACUUCAUCAAAAUAUUAUAUCUAAUGAAGCAUUUCUAUCUGGUUUUAAAAUGGUUAUUGAUUUAGUUCCAGAUUUUGCAGUAGAUAUUCCUCUUAUAUGGCAAUAUAUUGGUGAAAUUCUUGGUGCAUUUAUUGGUGGUCCAACAUCGAAUAUGUUAUUAUUAAAAUCUAUUUUACAAAUAAUACCCGAUGAAAAACGUAAACAAUUAUUUCAAUAUAUUAUUCGAUAUGCAAUUGAAUUUUCUUCAAAAUCACGUAUACAAAGAUUUUGGCAAUCAUCCGAUUUAUCCUUAAAUGAUUUAUUUAAAUCCGAUUCUAUUGAUUCUUCAUUUAUUAAUGAAUAUAAUUGGUUAUCUGAAACAAUAGAAGCAGAAAUAACAACAACAACAACAUUAGUAAAAGAAAAUCUUGGACCAUGUGCUAAUGUACAAUUAGUAAGAUUAUUUAAAUCUGUUAAUGAUCAAGGUACAGUAGUUACUGAUAGUGAAAUUAUUACAUAUAUUCAAACACAUAUGAAUUCAAAUGAUAAAUAUUAUAUUCGUAAUAUUGUUUUAUCUUAUUUGGAAGCAUGUUUAAUAAAUCGUGAACCACAAAAAAAAAUUCAAGAAGAUAUUGCAAAAAAUCGAAUGACUGUUCUUAAGAAAAUUAUUGAACAUAAACCAGAUGCAGAAAUUCAAGCUGUUUAUGCUAUACAAAAUUUUGUUAAUAAACUUGAACAUCCACCAAAAAUGGCUCAAUUAUUGUUUGAUAUUUUCUAUGAUGAAGAAUGUGUAAGUGAAGAUGCUUUUUUUGAAUGGUUGAGACAUCCAGAUCCAUCUGAAACUGAAGGACAUUCUGUUGUUGAAAUAUCAACAAAAGAUUUUUUUACUUGGUUAGAACAAGCCGAAGUUGAAAUGGAAGAAGGUGAAGAAGAAGGAGAAGCAGAAGAAGAAAGUUAA